AUAUAACCUCCAUUCCUGGCAUGGAGGGCCCCUUACUUACUUCUUCUCACAUAUUUCCACUCUUCUCACAAUUUAGAUCCCACACGUUCUGGCCUUCUCAGAAUAUACCUUUCUUCCAAGAAUUAUUUCCAGAAUGUCCAACUUUUGCUUUUCUCCUUUUAGCUCUACUUGUAAGUCCUCAAAAUGAUCAAUGUAGUAAUGUGUAGUAUUUGAUACCAUUCAUUCUUUGAAUUGUUCGGGUAAUAGCACGGGUUUCUGCGUUUUUAUGCCUAUUUGAUCUUGGAAUUGUAUAUGUUCACACCAAACAAGCUCUCAGCCAGACAUCUGGCAGCAGUAAUCUAUUUGCUGGGAACUCUACUGGUUUGUUUGGAACAACUUCGUCAGCUCAGUCUCCUGUGUCAAUAUCACCUUCUUUCGGCGUUCUCACGCAGCCAUCUUCUAUCAACAAUUUUGGCUGGGGAAGAGGUAAUAUAUUUGGUGGGAAUUCUACAGGUGUUAAUGGAACAACUUCAGCUCCAUCACAAUCUCUGCCAAUAACAUCUACCUGUGCUGCUCUCAGCCAGACAUUUGGCAGCAGUAUUCUAUUUGCUGGGAACUCUACUGGUUUGUUUGGAACAACUUCGUCAGCUCAGUCUCCUGUGUCAAUAUCACCUUCUUUCGGCGGAGUUCUAACACAGCCAUCUUCUACCAACAACUUUGGCUGGGGAAGAGGUUAUGUAUUUGGUGGGAAUUCUACAGGUGUUUUUGGAACAACUUCAGCUCCAUCACAAUCUCUGCCAAUAACAUCUACUUGUACUGAUAAGAUCACUCAAAUAACAGAUGUUCAUUUCUGUCAAACUUACUAUCCUCAUAAUUGAGAUGCUAACUCUUCUUUUGUUUAUCUAUCUACUUUAUACUACAGGUCCUCCAUUUUCAUCUUUUCAAAGCCAACCAAAUGCCAACUCUCCUUUCCCUUCUUUUCAUUCUUCAAACCUUUUCUCUCCUCAAACUCAAACACAGAACAGUGGGCUGACACCAUUUUCAUCAUUUGCCAGUAAACCGAAUGCUAAUUCUUCAUUCGCCACUCUUCAAUCGAAUCCGUUUUCAACUAAACCAAAGGCCAGCUCUCCUUUCCCCUCAACUAGUUCAAAUUCCCAUUCUCCCUUUUUCUCAGUUCAGCCAAAUCCGUUUUCUUCCCAUAAUGAAACCAACAAAGGAGCCUGGGGAUUUUCACAAUUUCCUGUCCAGCCUAAUUCUAAUUCUUCUUUUCCCUCUGUAAGCCCUAAUCCGUUCUCUAAUCAGCCUCAAACCACUGGAUUAAAUGGAUUUAAGGAUUGUUCUAGCAGCCAAUCGAAUUCCAGUUCUCCUUUUCCCGCAGUUCAGCCAAAUCCGUUUUCUGCUCACAAUCAAAGGAUUCAAAGCAACAUAGGAGUUUCUGGAUUUACACAAUCUUGGAACCAGCCUAAUCCCAAUUCUGCUUUUCCUUCGGUUAGUUCAAAUCCAUUUUCUAUUCAAACUCUAACAAGUGGAUUGAAUGGAUUUGUGAAUUGUUCUAGCCAGACCAAUGCUAAUCCUUCAAAUCCAUUUGCCCCUCAAGCAAUCCCUACACCGACACCUUAUUCUUCUACUAAAUUGCUGGAUGAUGGAAAUUGUAAAUCCAUUUCUGCUAUGCCAAUUUAUGCAAAUAAAAGCCAUGAGGAACUCAGGUUCGAAGCCUACCAGCUUCAACGCAAAAAAGGUAAUUGCAUUUGCA